GAGGCCGAGGCCGGGCCGCGCGCGCUCGAGGACGGCGACUCCGACGACCCCUCCUUCAGCGACCCCGAGGACUUCGUUGACGACGUGAGCGAGGAAGAGUUACUGGGAGAUAUCCUCAAAGACCGGCCACAGGAGGCAGAUGGCAUCGACUCGGUGAUUGUGGUGGACAACGUCCCUCAGGUAGGGCCUGACCGUCUGGAGAAACUGAAAAACGUCAUCCACAAGAUCUUCUCCAAGUUUGGCAAAAUCACCAACGACUACUACCCGGAAGAGGAUGGGAAGACAAGGGGGUACAUUUUCCUGGAAUACGCGUCUCCUGCCCACGCCCUGGAUGCUGUCAAGAAUGCCGAUGGCUACAAGCUGGACAAGCAGCACACCUUCAGGGUCAACCUCUUCACAGAUUUUGACAAGUAUAUGACGAUCAGUGACGAGUGGGAUAUUCCGGAGAAGCAGCCUUUCAAAGACCUGGGAAACCUGCGCUAUUGGCUGGAAGAGGCGGAGUGCAGAGACCAGUACAGUGUGAUCUUUGAGAGCGGAGACCGCACUUCCAUCUUCUGGAACGACGUGAAGGACCCCGUCUCCAUUGAAGAGAGAGCGAGGUGGACGGAGACCUAUGUGCGCUGGUCCCCAAAGGGCACCUACCUGGCCACCUUCCACCAUAGGGGCAUCGCGCUCUGGGGCGGGGAGCAGUUCAAGCAGAUCCAGAGAUUCGGCCACCAGGGAGUGCAGCUCAUCGAUUACUCGCCCUGCGAGAGAUACCUGGUGACCUUCAGCCCCCUGUUGGACAAGCAAGAGGACCCGCAGGCCAUCAUCUGGGACAUUCUGACAGGCCACAAGAAGAGGGGCUUCCACUGUGAGAGCUCUGCCCACUGGCCCAUUUUUAAGUGGAGCCAUGAUGGUAAAUUCUUCGCCAGGAUGACCCUGGACACACUCAGCAUCUACGAGACGCCCUCUAUGGGCCUGCUGGACAAGAAGAGUCUGAAGAUCUCGGGGAUCAAAGACUUUUCCUGGUCUCCUGGUGGCAACAUCAUCGCCUUCUGGGUGCCCGAAGACAAGGACAUCCCAGCCAGGGUCACCCUGAUGCAGCUCCCCACCAGACAGGAGAUCCGAGUCCGAAACCUCUUCAACGUGGUAGACUGCAAGCUGCACUGGCAGAAAAACGGCGACUACCUGUGUGUGAAAGUGGAUCGGACCCCAAAGGGGACCCAGGGUGUUGUCACCAAUUUUGAAAUUUUCCGAAUGAGGGAGAAGCAGGUGCCAGUUGACGUCGUGGAGAUGAAAGAGCCCAUCAUAGCCUUUGCCUGGGAGCCAAACGGGAGCAAGUUCGCCGUGCUGCACGGAGAAACGCCGCGCAUAUCUGUGUCCUUCUACCACGUCAAGAGUAACGGCAAGAUCGAGCUCAUCAAGAUGUUUGACAAGCAGCAGGCCAACACCAUCUUCUGGAGCCCCCAGGGACAGUUUGUUGUGCUAGCCGGCCUGAGGAGUAUGAACGGUGCCUUAGCCUUUGUGGACACAUCUGACUGCACGGUCAUGAACAUAGCCGAGCACUACAUGGCCUCCGACGUGGAGUGGGACCCCACGGGGCGCUACGUCAUAACGUCUGUGUCCUGGUGGAGCCACAAGGUGGACAAUGCCUACUGGCUGUGGACCUUCCAGGGACGUCUUCUGCAGAAAAACAACAGAGACCGCUUCUGCCAGCUGCUGUGGCGACCUCGUCCCCCGUCACCCCUCAGCCAGGAUCAGAUCCAGCAAAUUAAGAAGGACCUGAAGAAAUACUCCAAGAUCUUUGAGCAGAAGGACCGUCUGAGCCAGUCUAAAGCCUCAAAGGAACUGGUAGAGAGAAGGCGGACCAUGAUGGAAGAUUUCCGUAAGUACCGGAAGAUGGCACAGGAGCUGUACAUGGAGCAGAAGACCGAGCGGCUGGAACUACGCGGAGGCGUGGACACUGACGAGCUGGAUAGCAAUGUGGAUGACUGGGAGGAGGAGACCAUUGAGUUCUUUGUCACCGAGGAAAUCAUCCCCCUGGGAGACCAGGCGUGAUGCGGCCGACGCAUCUUCUCCACGUCUCCUGCCAGUCUGGUCCCUCUGCAGAGCCAACAGCCUGGACAGGACCUCGGGUGCUGGGCCUUUACCAUCUGGACACCCUGUGCCUUCCCCUGGCGCCAACCGUCUAAAACUCCAGGCAUCGUUUCACGUCUCUGCUAUGAACGAGGCACCUGAGCGCUGUGCCACCAGUGUUUGCUGCCCAGACUCUGCGUAGGCCUUCCCUGCCUCUGCCACUGAGCACGGCACCUCCGGUGCCAGUGCCACUCUGGGCCUCUGCCCAGGUGCGUGCCUGUCCUGGGGGACGGGCAGGGGCGCCUGUCCCCAGGGGGCCCGGCUCCCGCAGGCUGACCACAGAAUAAAGCAACACCCCUGUGUGAAA